ACCUGCAAAGGGUCUCAGGGGACUGCAGGAGGAGACAACCUACUCAGGAAGGGUCUCUGUAGGGGAUGGGGGCUCUGGGUUUGCAGUCCUAGAGGGGCCGAGCCCCGGCAGCGCAUGCGCUCCUUAAUUUUUUUAGUAGUCCCAAAACAGCCAGCUUCAGCGUGGAGUCAGCUUCCCCUCCAAAACUGCUGAGUCACACCCCUCUGUCCCGGCUCUCACCUGCCCUGCAGCCCAGGGGUAAAUGAAGACAAAGCCCUGGGUAUGUGCUCCUCAGUUAAAUCCCAGGAGCCUCGAAGAUUCCUGGCUUCCCUUCCAAUAAUACUAGGAAUGUGCUAUGAAGGAGGGAGAAGAAAAUUCAAAAUCCAAAGCCACUGAAAUGCACACCCAACCAUUCUCCUCCGGUGUGUCACAGGCUAAAUGUAAAGAAUGAUACGGGAUUAUCUUGAACACAUAACAUCCAUUGGCCCCAGGACCACAGGAAGUCCAGAAAAUGAAAUCGUGACGGUCCAUUACCUUUUGGAACAGAUUAAACUGAUUGAAGAUCAGAGGAACAGCCUUCACAGGAUUUCAGUAGAUGUGCAGCGACCCACAGGCUCCUUCAGCAUUGACUUCCUGGGGGGGUUUACAAGCUACUAUGACAACAUCACCAACGUCGUGGUGAAGCUGGAGCCCAGGGACGGAGCCCAGCACGCGGUCCUGGCGAACUGUCAUUUUGACUCCGUGGCGAACUCGCCAGGUGCCAGCGAUGAUGCAGUUAGCUGUUCAGUGAUGCUGGAAGUCCUUCGCGUCUUGUCAGCAUCUUCAGACACCUUACAUCAUGCUGUCAUAUUUCUCUUUAAUGGUGCUGAGGAAAAUGUCCUACAGGCCAGUCAUGGUUUCAUAACCCAGCACCCCUGGGCCGGCUUGAUUCGUGCAUUUAUUAACCUGGAGGCAGCGGGCGUGGGAGGGAAAGAGCUUGUGUUCCAAACAGGUCCUGAGAACCCGUGGCUGGUCCAAGCGUAUGUUUCCGCCGCUAAGCACCCGUUCGCUUCCGUGGUGGCUCAGGAGGUUUUUCAGAGUGGAAUCAUUCCUUCAGAUACCGACUUCCGCAUCUACAGGGAUUUUGGGAACAUUCCAGGAAUUGACUUAGCUUUUAUUGAGAAUGGAUACAUUUAUCACACCAAGUAUGACACAGCGGACAGAAUUCUAACAGAUUCCAUUCAGAGAGCAGGUGACAACAUUUUAGCGGUUCUUAAAUAUCUAGCUACGUCUGAUAUGUUGCCUUCUUCUUCUAAGUAUCGACAUGGAAACAUGGUCUUCUUUGACGUGCUGGGCCUGUUUGUCAUUGCCUACCCCUCCCGCGUCGGCUCAAUCAUCAACUCCGUGGUGGUAAUGGCCGGCGUGUUGUAUCUGGGCAAAAAGUUGUUGCAGCCCAAACACAAGACCGAUAACUACACGAAGGACUUCUUCUGCGCGCUUGGCAUCACUCUGAUAAGCUGGUUCACGAGCCUGGUCACUGUGCUCAUCCUGGCGGUGUUCGUCUCCCUGGCUGGACGGUCCCUGUCGUGGUACAACCACUUCUAUGUCUCCGUCUGUCUGUAUGGAACUGCGGCUGUGGCCAAAAUAGUACUCAUACAUACCCUCGCAAAAAAACUGUAUUAUGUGAAUGCCAGUGACCAGUAUCUGGGAGAAGUAUUCUUUGACACCUCGCUGUGCGUGCACUGCAUUUCCCUCCUGGCUCUCACGUACCGAGGACUGUGCUCGGCGUUUAUUAGUGCUGUCUGGGUGGCCUUUCCCUUGCUCACAAAGCUUUGCGUGCACAAAGACUUUAAGCAGCAUGGUGCCCAAGGAAAAUUUAUUGCCUUUUACCUUUUGGGGAUGUUUAUUCCUUAUCUUUAUGCAUUGUACCUCAUCUGGGCAGUAUUCGAGAUGUUUACCCCCAUCCUCGGGAGGAGUGGUUCGGAAAUCCCACCUGACGUCGUGUUGGCUUCCAUUUUGGCUGGUUGUACCAUGAUCCUCUCUUCCUAUUUUAUUAACUUCAUCUACCUUGCCAAGAGCACAAAGAAAACCCUGCUGACUCUCUCCUCGGUGUGCGCGGUCACGCUCCUCCUGGUCUGCGGUGGCGUGUUUUUCCCGUACAGCUCUCAUCCCGCCAGCCCGAAGCCGAAGAGGGUGUUUCUCCAGCAUAUGACUAGAACGUUUCAUGACCUGGACGGACACGCAGUGAAGCGGGACUCCGGAAUAUGGAUCAAUGGGUUUGAUUACACGGGCAUGUCUCACGUAACGCCUCACGUUCCUGAGAUCAACGAUACCAUCCGAGCUCACUGUGAGGAGGACGCACCCCUGUGUGGCUUCCCGUGGUACCUCCCGGUGCACUUCCUGAUCAGGAAAAAUUGGUAUCUUCCUGCCCCAGAAGUUUCUCCAGGAGAUCCUGCUCAUUUCAGACUCGUGUCCAAAGAACAGACACCCUGGGAUUCUGUGAAGCUGACGUUUGAAGCCACAGGACCGAGCCACAUGUCCUUCUACAUUCGAACCCACAAAGGGUCAACACUCUCUCAGUGGUCUCUUGGCAACGGCACCCCGGUCACAAGUAAAGGAGGGGACUACUUCGUAUUUUACUCCCACGGGCUCCAGGCGUCUGCAUGGCGGUUCUGGAUAGAAGUACAGGUCUUGGAAGAACAGCCUGAAGGGAUGGUCACUGUGGCCAUUGCUGCCCACUACUUUUCUGGGGAAGAUAAGAAAUCCUCCCAGCUGGAUGCUCUGAGAGAGAAGUUCCCAGACUGGACAUUUCCCUCUGCCUGGGUGUGCACCUACAGUCUCUUUGUGUUUUAGUCUUCUGGAGGAGCGCGGAGUACAUGCCCAGCAGGAUACCCCCCGUGACGCGGUUUCUCCCCGCGUUACAUGGAUGUCUGUAAGUCAGUGAUUUUGAAUGAGCACCUGUUCAGAGAGCUUCGUGGGCUGACACUCUUCAGGGCCCAGCAUGAUGAUGGGGACACUGUGGGGUAGGGACGCGUGGCCUGAUACUUGAAAGCGCCGGCUUCCUGGCCCCGAAGCACCGUGGGCACCACCACGACACCCGUCAGUCAUUCUCUGGGACCUUAAGGAUAAAAGCCAACAAACCACUUGAGUAGUUAUUACCCCUUAGGAUCAUGACAGCUGUAGAAGGUACUGUGAGCCGUGCAUGGGACAAAGGACAUUUCCAGGUGAAGCCCAAGAUGGUUUGGUCAGAGGAUGGUAGCUAAAAUCCGUUUGCUGGAGUCAAGACUCCCCUGAGAUGGCAACCUUAGGGGUCAGAAGGCAGGGACAGCGAGGGCUCUGCUGCUUCAGGCAGCUGCUCGAAUGUGCUUGGCUCCUCCAGAGCGAAGCCCAGGGUCCCGACGUGGGAGCCUGUGCCGAGCUGGGGAUGCGCACCCUUCUGACACGAGGUUCCUGAGAGCCGUCGCUGUGAUGCUUUUCGGAGUUGCUUUCAAGGCCCGAUGUCUAACUUUUCCCCUGUCCCCUUUGCCAGUUUCAGCAGAGCGUUUGUUCAGCUGCCUUUCCUGAGGGGUUUUUCCACGCUCUUCUGGCUCAGGCUGUCGUGGGUGCAAGCGCACAGGCUCGGUUCCGCCCUCAGAGCCCAGGGUUGCCACGGUGGCUGCUCUGGGCUGGAAAGUGAGUGGGGUGACGAGUGGCUGGGCAUUUUAUAAAUACUGAUUCUCUUCAUUUAGUAGGCAUGUCCUGUUAUCCAAGGUUAAUCCUUUAGGGCAUAACUUUAUCGAUGCACUGAGUCCUUAGUUUUGUCGGUUUUCUCGCCAGUCUCAAUCAUCCGUCCGUGUCCAGCAGAGCUGGCUUUCCCGGGGGCUACAGGUGCUGGCUUCGCCUGCAGCGAGGCCACCGGCCCUGCAGCUGCUGAAUGAGGAUCCGGCAGAAGGGCAGGCCGAGGACCUCAAGGUGCUUUUCAUUUAGAAGACGGCGGUGUGGCUUGGGAGGUGUGUCUCGGCUCUGGCAGUGGAAGGGUUUGGGGAGAUGAGUGGUCAGUUCUCCUAGCUUGCUCUUUUCCAUUAAGAAACUGGAAAGGCUGGACAAACUGAGUUUAGCCAGCAUAGGCCAAAAAGGCAUUUUAAAGAAAAGCCAUAGUAAAACAAAGUGGCACUAGGCGUGCAUCACAGGAGGACUUGUGACAGACGGAUGCGGUGUGUUUUCUCAGGCCUGCUCCUCCCAGGCGCCCGCCCCCUGCUAGCGGUCGCGCCAGCGGACUUCCGACGUCGUCAGGGGUGGGGAAGGGUUGCCGGGUUGGUAGCUUAUAGAGAAUCAGAGUUGCGGACAAAAAGUGAUGGCUCAGUGAACUUCGAAAUACGGCCGAGUUCCUUUGUCCCUGUGGCUGCUCUGAAAUAGGGUUUGUGGUGGGAGUCCCACGUUGAGGACAGGCAUCAUAUGAAAGUUACUUCCCCCCAUUUGGGAAGGAUGUGAUUCCCUUUCAGUAAUCAUCAUGGUUUUCUUUCUGCCUUUGUUUUUCUUUGUAAACAGUCUUUUUUGUUUUGGUUUUCAAGAUGCUCCCUGGUCUCAGGGCAGACUGCUUUAGUGCCAGAAAUGGCUGAGGACGUCCACUUACUCUUCAUGCCGCUGUUGAGGCAGCAGCCGGAGACUGGAGUAGCUCCUCAUUCAAAACUCACUUCUGAGAGGGCCUUUUCAAAUUCUAAUAAACGUAGUUUUCCCUACAGAAUUUCAGUGUAAGUAGCCCAGUAUUGCACAUGCAGUGAAAGAGUCUGACCUUAGAAAGACUGCUGCAUGAAGUACCUGUUUCCAGUUUAGCUGAUGGAAGUGAGCACCCAUAGGGUUGCUAAGAUGUCUCCACUGAAGGCGCCGCAGUCGGCUGCUCACUCAGGAAGCUGUAGGAAGAACAGUGGUCUGUCUUUUCACUGGUUUGCUGACUUGCUGAGGAUUAAUUGUUGCCUUACAUUACUGAAACUUUUUAAACUCCUAGUUAGUAUCUUAACAGAAAAACCCGAUCUUGUUUGGUCUGUAUGCCCAGCUUUGAAGGGUUAUUUCAAGUCCACAGAGCCUUCUUAAAGUCUUUUCUUUUUAAUUGCUUUUAAAGACCUAGAUGGCUCACGUGGGCAGAGCGGGUAUGUGAGCAAAGAGCUCAAUAAGGAAAUACUGGAAUGCUUUUUACUCUGGAAUGAAAUUGUGUAUCAUAUUUUGUUAAAUGUUGAGCUUUUUAAAAUCCUCUCCAUUGGCAAAGAAAAUCACUGAAGGGCUAAUCCAGAAGGAUUGUGGGGGCAGGAGGAAGAAAUGGUCUUUCAGCCAGUGGCCCACCACUCCCUCUCCUCUCCUCCCAAGGAAGGGGGGCACUGCCACCCCCCCCCCCCCAGAACAGGUCCCUGGGCAAGUUCCUAUGCAAGUUAUUUUGCUUUCUCAGUGAAUUGCCUCGGUACAGUUCGGUACACCUCCUCAUCAUGCACCUGUCGCCUUUUAGGGCCAAUAAAGCCAAAAUGCAUUCAGGCCUCUUUA